AGUGCGCGCCCGCCCAGGUCCGACACUCGACGUCGGCUCGUCCACGACACCACACUGCUAAACAUUAUACGACCAAUUUUAUAAACGAACACGAGCACGACAUAAACCAUCAAAAUGUUUAAAAGUCAUUUAGAAAUGAUCGGCAGAAAUGAGACGCCGUCGAAGAAGGCCAGAUUUUGGCAAUCUUACGUGCGGUCUCUAAAAGGAUCAGAAGACAUCAGAGCUGAGGAGAGGUACAGGCCAACGCGCCGUAGUGUAUUCCCCGAGCUUAUGUCCACCUACCCUUACUCCAAAUCUAUCUACGAUGACCCCAUGGGUGCCGCCGAAAGGAUCACUGUUCCCGGAUACCGCUACCUGCCGGUACACCGUGAAGUUUACGGAUACUCGCCACGUCCCAUCUAUGCCCACAACUACCCAAGUUCCCUUGAUCGGUACAGGCCAGUUUACCACGUACCGAGGCGUAUCCAACGUGGCGUCGACCCCUUCGACGCUCACAAAGCGUGGCAAGACCAUUUGGACAGAAUGGCUGCCAUCGACCGGCUGUAUCCUUCUCGUUACGGCCUUUACUUGAGGGACCGGGCAUACCCUAUCACCGACCUAACCGCACCCAUUGUCGACCCUUUCAAGCCUAAAAGCCUAAAAGGCAUCGAAUAUGAACCUGACUCUAAACCUCACUGGGGAACAGGAGCGUGGCCAGCGAGGAUAUCGGACGCGUUCAAAAAGGAUCCAUUUUUCGCUGAAGCCGAAAAAUGGGCAGACUUUGAUCGCGGACUCCGAGGGAAGUCCCCGACACCAGUGAAGCCAAGAAUAAGCCCGCCUCGUGAUUGCGAGGUUGCUUUUGAUGCCGAUGGUGCUCCGUUGUACAACGCUGGCGGCAUGAGGCGUCCUUGGGAUGACAUAUUCAACCCGAGAGCGUCACUGCCAAUCUCAGCGAUAACUCGGGACCCCUUCUGGUACGACUGGCCGUUGCUGAAACCGAUGGCUAGAUGGGAUCGCAGCCCUUCCUACAUCCGUGACUCGUACCUGUCGCCAGUCAAACGCACCUUCCUCUGGGACAAGCAUCCGAUCAGGCCCUUAGCCGCCGCUUACUAAAGGGCCUGCCUUCGCACACAAUAUGUAAAGUUCCGUAUUAUCUACGUAUUUUGACGUUGUCACUUUGACUAUGUUAUGUUUUAAUAUAACACCAGGCAGCAUUCAACAAAUUUUAUAAAUGUGUCCGGAAUCACUUUCGGUUAAUAUCACAAAGACUGUGUGACAUAGUCACUGCCAGACGAACAUGUUUGUUACGAAGAAUUGUUUUAUUAUUUAUUUUUAUGUAUAC